AUGAAAUACAUCAGAACUGAUCAAACCUUAGAUAUCCCAGAAGGUGUUAAAGUUAACAUCAAAUCAAGAAUCGUCACUGUUACCGGUCCAAGAGGUACUUUGACCAAAAACUUGCGUCACAUUGAUAUUACUUUCACCAAAUUAUCUGACAAACAAAUUAAAAUCACCGUCCACAAUGGUGACAGAAAACAUGUUGCUGCUUUAAGAACUGUUAAAUCUUUAAUCGCUAACAUGGUUACCGGUGUCACUAAAGGUUACAAAUAUAAAUUAAGAUAUGUUUAUGCGCAUUUCCCAAUUAACGUUAACGUUGUUGAAAAUGAUGGUAAAAAAUCUAUUGAAAUCAGAAAUUUCUUAGGUGACAAACAAAUCAGACAAGUUCCAGUUCAUGAAGGUGUUUCAGUUGAAUUCUCAGCCAACCAAAAAGAUGAAGUUGUCUUAUUAGGUAACUCUGUUGAAGCUGUUUCACAAAACGCUGCUGAUAUCCAACAAAUCUGUAGAGUUAGAAACAAAGAUAUCCGUAAAUUCUUGGAUGGUAUCUACGUUUCAGAAAAAGGUACUAUUGAAACUGAUUAG